CUAAAAAACCAGUUUAAAAAUGCCCCAAAAGAUCUACAUGUUCCCAAAAGAUUUGUACAGGUUUUCAAAAUUCAUUAAUACAUGCAAUCUUUGGGGUCAUUAAAAAGGAUUGCUAAAUGUCGCCCUGAUUUAUUAUAAUCACCCUAAUUUAAACGACUAAAAUUAUCUAUUUACCCUUCUCCCAUUUUAUUUCUAGAAAAUAUUUUAUUCUAAUAAAUACAUUCGUAAAAAACUAAACCCAUCUCCAUCACCGUCGUCGCCGUUAUCCUCGCUCCAUCGUCGGUCACUAAUUCCCACUGCCGACACCCGACCGUCGCUGAUUCCUACCGUCAACCGUCUUCAUCAAUGUUAUCGUCAUGCUCAUCACAACAUGGAGAAGGGGCACAUGAGUUGAUUCCUGUGAUUUGGUGAAGGGAUAUACCAGCCUAUUGGGGUGAAGAAAGGAAGCGCAGUACCGGAGGGGCAUUUGAAGUUGGAGAAUGGUAGCCGGAUUGGCGGAUAGUGCGGCUGCAAGUAUUGGAUAGCAGUUUGUUUCCGUCAACAAAAAUGAAUAAGAAGAGUUUUUAAAUUUAAUUUAAUUAAUUGAGGAUAAUUUAUUAAUUUUUUAUUUUGAAAUAUGGCGAUAAUAAAAACCUAGGGCGAUGUUUAGCCAUUCAGUUAAAAAAAGCACGGAAAGUUAAUAAAAGAAAAAAUACAAUCGUUCAAAAAAACAGAAGGGACACGUUGAUUAACAAAUAAUAAUUGGUGGUAACUGCUUGGAAAAAAAUACGGAAUAUAUAAAAAAAGGAAAAAACACCCGAAUUCUGAAAAUUAAGGAGAGCUCUCCAAGGCUGACGUGGAUAGGGUGCUUUUCUCAAACCCUUUAUUAUAUUUGAAGAUUCACUAGACAGAAACUAAAGCUAUUCCAAAACUAAAUAAGAACGGGGAGAGGACACGAAAACAUGCCAGCCUACUGAUCCAUCGAUUUUGUUCCUUGCCGGUUGAACAAGUUGGCUGACUGGGUUGCUCGACUCGCCAGGACCACUUCAUUACCGGUGGACUGGAUUCUUGUUAUUAACAUUAUUGCUCCACUCUUGUGAUGAUACUUUGGCUUUAAUUUGGAUUGGAAUAAAAGGCCCUCUCUUUAAAGAAAAUUCCAAAAUCUGGACAUUUUAUGUGUUUACCAGAAAUUGGAAAAAAUCCAAAACUACCACUGUUAAAAAAAAAAAUUACAAAAAUACCACCCACUCCAAAGAAUUUCCAAAAAUACCACCCUUUAUUUAAAACCGCCUAUCUAAGGAGCGGUUAGCAUUAAAACCGCGUCUCGAAGAAAUGUUUUUCAUAAUAAACGCGCCUCUGGGAAGCGUUUUUAAUUUCCAGAACAAAACGCUUGUGGAAGACGCGGUUAUAUGCUAACCCUACCACAAAACGCUGUAUAAAAGAGCGUUUAAGUGUCGGCAAUACAAACCGCGUCCCCAAGCGGCGGUUUUGAGGGUCAGGACACAAACCGCCUCUCCAAGCGGCGGUUUAUAGUGUCAGGACUCAAACCGCUGCCCAAAGGCGCGGUUUGUGCAUGGUCACCCGACAGCCAACAUGUCGGACAUGUCGGCAUGCAGGGGGUAGGGCACGUAGGGCUGCAUGGCAGACCUAAAACCGCUCCCCCCCAGCGGUUUUAGUGCAAAAUUUGCCUAUAAAAGGCAGUUUCAGAGAACUCAAUUCUUCACACCUCCUCCUCUUCCUUCUUAAAAUUUCAGCUUUAAAUUAUUUAGUUUUUGCGAUUAACGUUAAUUCGUAAGUUUGUUUCGUAAUUACUUUUCAUUGUCAUUUGUGAAUUUAUGUUAGUAACUUAAUUACUUUCCAUUGUCAUUUGUGAUUUUAUGUUAGUAACUUAAUUACUUUCCAUUGUCAUUUGUGAUUUUAUGUUAGUAACUUAAUUACUUUCCAUUGUCAUUUUUGAUUUUAUGUUAGUAACUUAAUUACUUUUCAUUGUCAUUUCUGAUUUUAUGUUAGUAACUUAAUUACUUUUCAUUGUCAUUUCUGAUUUUAUGUUAGUGACUUAAUUACUUUUCUUUGCAGAUGGCAUUCCAAAGGUUCACGCUUGGGUUGCGGUGGAAUGGUUACACGGAAGAGACCGAAAAGGGUGUAAGUUACGUCGGUGGCAAUUUUUAUAAAAUGAAGGUCCGUACGAGACCGAUGCUUGAAGAGCUCCAUCAAAUGUGCACUCAGAUUACCUGCAUGGAUGGCACUAGAAGAGUUGAUCGAAUGGUGUAUCGAUAUCCAAACAGACAUGAUGGGUCGCUGUGGCAUGAGGAAUUCCUCCUUACCACUCAGGAGGACGUUGAUGCCAUGGUCCAAUUUUUGACCACCAAUAAAAUUAAGCAAGCGGAGAUUUUCGUUUACACCGAGGUCGUCGAAGGCAGUGUAGGUCAUUCUGGAGAUGGCCAAACAUCUGGUUUCCACGGUGGGAGUGUAUUAUACGAAAAUCAUCCCCACCAGGAUUUCCAAGAGUCGAGCUGGAGGCAAGAGUAUCAUCAUGGUACUGGAGGAAGUCAUCAAUCCUUCCCGUCAUAUGAAGAAGAAGCUCAACAGGCGGAUUACAACCAACAAGCAGGCUACCAGUACCCACCCGGCUACCAGUAUCCCUUCUCUGGCGGACACAACCCGGUGACCGUCCAUAUAAAAUGUUGCCAACCACUCAUAUUGGCAACAACUUUAGGUGGUGGCGUAGAAUCCACACAAACAACGUCACCAUCGAUGGGGAUAUCGGUUAAGAUGGCGAUGUCCUUAAGUGUGAUGGUGCACUCGCCUUCACGAAAAUUGAAGCAGUGUGUCUCCUUUCGCCAUCUCUCUACCAUCGCCGUGAUGAGUUGGCGGUCGAUCUUGAUCCCAUUGAAAUGCCGAAUCGAAUCCAAUCUUGCCCUUUUUAGAAAGGGCAAGAUGACGUCGUUCCAUUCAAGCACAUUCGUUGUACCCCUAUAGCGGACUAUAUGGUAUGCAUCCUAGAAAAUUUUUUAAAUUUCAUUAUAAGUUGAAGAUUUAUACAUAUAUAAAUAUAUUAUAAGAUACAAUUUUUAUAUAAAUCAAGGUUGUUUUAGAGAAAUAUACAUUAUCUAAUAAACAUUUAUUUUAACAUAACUACAUAAUUUUCUACGAUGCAAUAUUAAUUAAAUCUAGGUUGUUUUAGUUAAAUAUACAUUAUCUAAUAAACAUUUAUUUUAACAUAACUAAAAUAAUUUUCUGAGAUGCAAUAUUAAUUAAAUGAAGGUUGUUUUAGAGAAAUAUACAUUAUCUAAUGAAAUAUUAAUUUUAAC